UCGAUGCAAAGCAUCUGCAUGGAUGAUGUAAUUCAGCAAGGAUGCCGGUCUAUUCAUGAUUCGUGUAUCAUCACAGCAUCAUCGUCGUCAUCGACAUCAAAAAGUCCGGCAUUAAGUAUUGCUAGGCGCGUGCGAUCGGCCAAUCAGCGCCGUGCUCUACGCACUAUUAGCUGGCCAACAUCUGGGGGAUUCACAGGCUCUUAUUUCAAAAUCUCCGGAAAGUUUGUCAUUUGUGGAGCAAAUUUCUGAGCGUACCGAUGACAUCUCACUAGAGAGCGACAAAGUGUUACAAGGAGAAGUUCACAACAUUUAGUGAAUUUGGUUUUGAAUUGUUGAACAUCUCUGGUUUCAAAUUAAGAAUAACUUGCUUGGGAAAAAGGAUUUUGAAGGACUUCCGACGUCGAAUUGAGUUCUUUUCUGAUAAAUAGAGGAACUGUUCAUCAGUGAAUCAUUUUGCAUGGCCAUGACUGAUCUAGUGUCAUCUUCGGCAUGUGGUGGUGUGAUGAGCUCACUGCACACUGUACCUAAAUCAGGGGACCGUCUUCUGGACAUCCCAUGCAAGGUUUGUGGUGACCGUAGUUCGGGCAAGCACUACGGCGUGUAUGCCUGUGACGGCUGCAGUGGGUUCUUCAAGCGCUCCAUCCACAGGAAUCGUGUGUACACGUGCAAACAACAGGGCAAAGGUGGGGGCUGCUGCCCUAUUGACAAAACCCAUCGCAACCAGUGCAGGGCGUGCCGCUUGCAGAAAUGCUUUGAUGCACACAUGAACAAGGAUGCUGUUCAACAUGAGCGAGGACCCCGUAAACCAAAAGCCAAACCUUCGCCAGACGACGGCAGUACCGGGUCUGCAAGCCCCGACCCCCCGUCCGCCCAUCACCCCGUUCAUGCCACGCACCCGUCGUCACACCGCCAUCACGGCAUGACAAACGGCACAAGUAGCACCCCCGUGGCGGUGGUCUCCUAUGUGUCAUCCUCUAUGUUCUAUGGGACAUUCUACCACAGUCUCCUAACAGCUGAGCAGUACAAUGUCAGUCCAAUGGCUCUAGACCUGACUGCCAAAGUCAAGGCAGAGAUGGAGGGUGGACCUCAUGCAGGCUUCCACACGGCCAUGACAGGUAGCCCGGAGAGUAUGCCCGAAGUAGCGGCACGCCUUCUGUUCACAUCCGUCAAGUGGUCCAAGAACAUCCCGUGCUACCUACUCUUGCCAUAUCGUGAUCAGGUGAUCCUCCUUGAAGAAGGUUGGCGAGACCUCUUCCUCCUCGGAAUUUGUCAAUGGUCCGUUCCUCUAGAGAUGGAGACACUUCUCAAGUAUCUUCCAAGAGAAGACAAGAAAAUGUCCAGUGAUGAACUUGCUAGGUUGACAUCUCAGAUUCGAUACAUGCAGGAUGUAGUGGCCAGACUACGGGCUCUUGAUGUGGACUUUACUGAGUUUGCUUGUCUUAAGGCAGUGGCACUUUUCAGACCAGAGACACAUGGAAUCAGAGAACCCCACCAGGUUGAGAGUCUACAAGACCAAGCCCAGGUUAUGUUAAGCGACUACAUCCGCCAUUCCUAUCCAGGUAGGAGUGUUCGUUUUGGUCGCCUCCUUCUUAUCUUGCCCGCCCUCCGGAAAGUAAGCAGCAAGCUCAUCGAGAGGCUGUUCUUCAAGGAGACAAUUGGCAACAUCCCAAUUGAGCGUCUCCUCAGUGACAUGUUUCAGAGUAGCUAGGUGGCAAACACUGACUGACACAAUGUCAAAAUGGUCAAUUUGACUGACAGACGACCUCUUUGAAUUCCUCAGCCAGUAAAGAUUUACAGCCAAACACAGAGGGCGCUAUACACAAUUAUCAAUACUCCAAUCGAACAGACUGCUAGAACUGGCAAAUAGGGUGCUUCUUUAUGUUUCCUCACAGAGGGCAUGUUAAAGUUUAAGAUGUAAUAUCACUAUGAGACUGUGGUCUCUCAUUACAGCAAAAUCAACUCCACUGUCAGAUACAGUACUGUAAUACAAGAAGAUCUUUGAAAUAACAAAACACAAUGUUUAUGUGCGAAGGUGAUAAAAACACUUUGUUUAAAUUUAGGGGGGAGUAAUACUUGAAACUUCCCGAACGCAUAUGAACAUCUUAUAUUGUAAGGCACAAGAGGAAAUGGGCAAAACUACGCAUAUGAACAUCUUAUAUUGUAAGGCACAAGAGGAAAUGGGCAAAACUACGCAUAUGAACAUCUUAUAUUGUAAGGCACAAGAGGAAAUGGGCAAAACUACGCAUAUGAACAUCUUAUAUUGUAAGGCACAAGAGGAAAUGGGCAAAACUACGCAUAUGAACAUCUUAUAUUGUAAGGCACAAGAGGAAAUGGGCAAAACUACGCAUAUGAACAUCUUAUAUUGUAAGGCACAAGAGGAAAUGGGCAAAACUACGCAUAUGAACAUCUUAUAUUGUAAGGCACAAGAGGAAAUGGGCAAAACUACGCAUAUGAACAUCUUAUAUUGUAAGGCACAAGAGGAAAUGGGCAAAACUACUAUUCCAUGUUAAGAUAUGUGAUCAAAUGAUGUGCAGUAAAUAAGAAUAUAAGGUAAUUGAAAAUCUCAAUAAACAUGCUUAAAAAAACAACAAUUAAUUGACCAACUUUCUUGAAGAUGCAAAAAUUGCAUCAGGGAUCAAAGAUAACUACUUGGGUUUAACCCAACCCUGAU